AUGCACAGGUGUAAAGUCGCACAUGAUCUCCUAUCACAGAUAGUCGCAGAACAACGUGCUGACAUCGUGAUUAUAAGCGAGCAAUAUGGAAGGAGAGAUCAAGGGUCCUGGCUGGAGGAUCCCACAAAAACAGCUGCUAUCUGGAUCCCAUACCGCAAUGGCAUCUCACCAGUAAAGAGCGGAAGUGGAGACGGUUACGUCUGGGUGCAGUUAAACCACUUUACGCUGUUUAGCUGCUACCUCACUCCUAGUGACAGCAUCGACGCCUACGAGGCAAAACUCGAUGAGAUCGAGGACACAAUGCGUGGAUUAGACGGCCAUCACGUAGUAGCUGGCGAUUUCAACUCUCGAGCGAUGGAAUGGGGCAUGCCAACAACCAACCCAAGAGGGAGACGAGUUCUAGACAUGGCCGCAAGAACCGGUUUACUCGUUGUAAACACUGGAGACGUGCCAACCUUUAGGCGACCCGGCUGCGAAGGCACUAUACCGGACAUCACCCUUGCGUCCGAGGAAAUCAUCGGAAAAAUAACAGAGUGGAGCGUACUGGAAACUUACACGGCAAGCGAUCACCAGUACAUUAUGUUCUCCUUCAAUACUGGAGGGAACACAGUUAACGAGGAAAGGAGCACCAGUACACGAAAGUGGAACGUGAGCAAGCUCGACUCCUCAAAACUCCUGGCGGAAAUCGACCGGCAAGCCGUGUGGUCAGAGCUGGAUGAGCUAGACGUUCCGUCGACAGUGGAACGGGUGAUGGAAAUCAUAGAGUACGGAUCUUGA